UUUGACUCAGAGAGCUAAUACAGUAUAACCAGAAAAAACCAAAAUUAACAACCUACCUUAAAGAGGAAUUACAAGCAGAACAGUAAGAUAACGAGAUUUUUAUUAAAAUAACGUUCUGAUAAAUAUCCAGCAGGCAAGGCUGCAGCGCUGGAAGGGCUGCUCCCGCCCCGCUGGAAGGAAGGGAAGCGGCGCUGGCCGGGUGCCGCUGUGACCCGGCGCGGCCGGGCCGGGAGGGACGGGCGCUCCCUGCGGGCGGGAGGCCGCGCUGUAGCCACGGCAACCGCUGUGCCGGGGGGGCACGGCUAAGCCGAGCGGGCACCCGCGGUGACACGGCUUGACAGAGCCACCGGCGCGGGACACGGGCUGCAGAGCCAGCGGGGAGCCCGCGGGGGACAUGCACUGAGAGAGACACCCGGGAACACAGCGGGGUAUCCGGGCUGCGAGCCCCACCGAGGCCACCAGCGGGGAACGCCGUUUGCCACAGCCUCCGGGCCACCAGCGGGGGAAAGGGCUUCAAGGACCAUGGCUGCCAUCGACGAGCGCACUUUCAUCGCCAUCAAACCCGACGGGGUCCAGAGGGGGCUGGUGGGGGAGAUCAUCAAACGCUUCGAGACAAAAGGAUUCAAACUGGUAGCCAUGAAAUUAAUACAUGCCACUGAGGACCUUCUGAGGGAGCACUACAUCGACCUCAAGGACCGGCCAUUCUACGAUGGCCUGGUGCAGUACAUGCACUCAGGACCUGUCGUGGCCAUGGUGUGGGAAGGUCUUAAUGUGAUUAAGACUGGGAGGCUGAUGCUGGGGGAAACCAAUCCAUUUGAUUCCAAGCCUGGCACUAUUCGUGGGGACUUCUGUGUCCAAGUUGGAAGGAACAUCAUUCAUGGCAGUGAUUCUGUGGAAAGUGCUGAGACCGAGAUCAAUUUAUGGUUCACUCCUGAAGAACUGGUUGAUUACAGAAGCUGUGCUCAUGAGUGGAUCUAUGAUUAGCACCCAGCCUGGGUCUUCUGAUAUCCCCAUGUCCAUGAGCAGUUGCCAGCCUCUAGCUAUUCUUAAGAAUUCCCUCAUAGAAACCUCAGAAAACAGUGAGAUUGCUGUGUUGUGGAUGUUAAAUAGAGUCAGUACUUACAGAUGGAAUUGCACAUUUUAAAAGCUGCUUCUGGGAUUGAGAGAUAUGAGAUGAAACACAGAGCAGAUAACAGAUUUUUGGAAGCACUUUAUAGUCAUAGAGGAUAUUUUGGUAAACAUUACUAAAAUAGGUAAAAAUUUAUUUGGUAAAUAAAUAUGCAAAUGUCUCAGAGGUUAACUUUGCUAAAACAUUAGAGGACAACUGAUGGCGUGAAAAUGCAUUGAUAAUAUGCCCAAAUGUUGAGGAUUUGCUUUAUAGCAAGUCAAGUGUGUUCCCAUUCCUAAAACAGCUGCAGAAAAAAAGCCCAUUUCUCCCCCCAGAACAUGCUGUGGCCACAGAGAGCUCAGCUCUGGCUAAAAUGACAUCUGGCCUCCACACUGACACUGUUUCAAUUGCUCUUUUUUCCUUCUACAUGGGAUUUAUUUAGCAUUUUAAGAUUAAAAUUAAAUUUAAUUUAGCAUUUGAAGAUUAACUGGCCAGGCUUUAUGAAAUGUCCUUUUAUGUGGAAAGAAGAUUAAUGUGAGGAUGGAUGAGGGAGAUUCUACCUUCAGCCACUUCAGUGCAGCAGCUCUCUGACAUUGCACAGAGCAAUAGGUGGUGUUUGCUUUGCCAGUUGAACAGCUGAUAAUUUUUUGUUCUCUUUUAGUGUCCUUGUUGGGGGUUAGGUUUCUUUUCUUUUGUUCCUUCUUACCUAUAGAAUUUUUCCCAAGAGUUGCUGUGAAAUGCUGACUGCUGGUACUUAUGACUACUUGAAAAAACAAAGGGUUGACUGGGUCCAGGUAAAAGAAGGGCAGGGGACAACUACCCUCUCUCACUCUGCAGCUUCAGGUAGGAGCUGCUGCUGCUUGAGAAAAGGAAUUUGCCAUAACCCAGCCCGGAGCUUCUUGUUCUUCUUCUUGUUCUUCUUCUCGUUCUUGUUCUCCUUCUCCUUCUCCUUCUCCUUCUCC